AUGUUUCGUAUGAGCAAUAGUACAUCACGAUACAAUUUGAAUCGUUAUUCAUAUAGUCAUGAGUAUCCAUAUGCAAUCAAAAUGAAACACUUGAAAACGUCCAAUAACACCUCAUUCGAUGGUGAUGAUCAUUUAUCUUUACAAAGUCAUCAUAAUAGUUCAACAACCAGUUUGAAUAACAUUUCCAUGCAUUCGCAUGAUUUCGAAUUACGUAAACGUGAUACGGAGCAUCAAAGUAAAAAACAUCGAUUCUUUCACAAGCGAAAAACGAAAGAAAACUAUCCAAAACCGCCUAUACAACAGACUACCGAUGAGUACCAUCCAGCAUCGGUACCAACAACAUUGCGAAGAAAGUCAACGUAUCAAUUUUUUGGCCAAACGCUCGAUGAGUUAGUCAAAAAGUCCCAUAAUCAAUUACCGGCUAUAAUACAACAACUACUUGAAAUACUGUAUUUCAAAGGGCCAGAAACAACUGGAAUCUUUCGUAAAGUUGCAAAUACCCGAUCAGUAAAGGAAUGCAUCGAGAAAAUUGAACGACAAAUUCCAUUACAAACCGAUGAUUUACAUCCAAUCUUAGUUGCCGGUAUAUUCAAACAUUUUUUACGAAAUCUGCCCGAUCCUGUAUUCAAUACAAUCCAAUAUGAUCAUUGGAAGAAAUGUCUUCGUUUACCAUCUCUACAAGAAAAAGCUACAUUCGCCAGAAGAAGCAUCAUCGCUACACUUUCCGAAUCAAAUCAUCUACUAUUAAAAGGUUUCAUCUGCGUUCUAUAUCGUAUCUCUCAAAAUGCUGAUACUAAUGGAAUGAAUCCAUUCAAUUUGGGUUUGUGUGUGUCCAAUAGUCUAUUCAAAACUGAAUCAACUACAAUCACAUCGGGCAAACAAGAAGCUGAUGUCAUGUCCUCGAUUGUCGAGUUUUUAAUUCUAAAUUGUUCAUCGUUAUUCGGUGCAGAUGUUGUCACAUGUGUUCCCGACAAGCACAUCAUCGUUCAUCAAAUACCAAAUUUAACACGGCCAGCUGCUUCUUCAAUCGAAAGUCUCGACGAAGUCGAAUCCUCUCCACAUUUACCUGUUGUCAACCGCUCGCGUGAUUCAGGUUUGGCCACGUCUGAUCAGCCAUUCAAUGAUGAUAGUUCAGAAAUGAGUGAACAUUUUCGACGUUUAACACCCGUAUCUCCCCCUGAUUGGAUCCCAUCGAUAGCAUGUGGCAAUGGUACGGUUUUAACCAGUAUUAUUCUUCCAACAAGCACAGCAUUAUCCAUCACACGAUGUCGAAAUAUAAAGAACGCAUAUAAACCAUCGAAACGCUUUAUGGAAAGAGAAAAACUAACAAAUGAUACGACGGAUGAUUCAGAUCACGAUGUUUUCAAUGGUGAUUCAAGUGUGCGCUCAUCAACAACCACUGUUCAUAAUAUGACAAUCGGAAAAAGUAAACGAACAAAACCAAUCUCACGACAUUCAUCUCUCGGCAGCAAUGAACAUCAUAAUCAACAGCAACAACAUCAGCAACAACAACCAUUCGCGAAAGAAUCCAAACGUUUAGCAACCAGUGAUGUUAAACGCGCGUCGUCUUUGAAACAAUUUCAUCAUUUAUCCGAUGAUGGAGAUGAUGAUGACUAUGAACAAAAUAGAACUCUACAAGCGAACAAUCAGAUGAAAAAGAAAGUAUCGGCAUUAGUCAAGAAACAUGAACAAACUUUACCUUCGACAGCAGCAGUCAGUAGUAAAAAUUUUAUCAAUGAACGACGACCAAGAUUAGUUAAAACAAAAGCUAAAACGAAUGGUGAUGAUGAUGAUGAUGAACCCGAAUCAAUGACUACAAGAACAACACCUCUUGAGCAACAAGAUUUAGAUUUAACAAGUGAACCAUUAACUGCACUCAAUAAAAAUUUCGAUUCACCUUCAACUACUCAAUCAUUUCAACCACCUGUUUUUAUGAAUCAUUCAUCUUACCAAAGACAACCACCACCCAUCAUCGCUGAUAGUCGUUUGCGGUCAAAUGGCCCAUUAAUUGCGACAACAAAUCAAAUUUAUAUAACGACUCGAGAUGAACAUCCCAGUCAAACAAAUUCCAUUGCACAAAUCAAAAAUGAACGUGACCGAACCUUUGUUCAUCAUUCCGAUUUACGUCCAUUUAAACUCGGAACAGCUAUUCAAAUGAAACCAGUCGAUGAUGUCUUGUUAUCAUCAGCUAAUGGACGUUGUCGUCCAUGUCAUCGACAGAAUGCAGUUCGAUAUAAAACAAAUGAACAAGAACCACAAACCGAUCGUCCAUCACGUUCAUCAAUUCCAGUUUCCAUGCAUCAUAAUCGAAUAUAUUCAAGUGAAAAUGCUUCGACAACUAUUCCACGUUAUCAAUCAAUGGAAAGACGUGUUUCGGCAGGUCAACAGCCAGUGAAAGCUUUUUCAUUUGAGACAAAUCCAGAACUUCGACCAAGUGAUAUAUCUUGGUCCGUUCGCGAAAAAGCGAAAAUGUUCGAACAUACGAAUCCGAAAAAGUUUUCUACAGGUCGUGAAAAUUAUGUGUGA